AAGCAGCUUGUAUCUGAAGAUAAAAUACGAGGCCUCCUUCCCACACCGAGUGGAGUUGUGAGUGGUACAUUUGCUCGGCUUAACAGAGAGGACAUUGCAGCUCAACUUCAAGUGCCAUGGAGCAGAAGAGUCCAGCAGGAGAGCUGUAUUUUGUGGGGAAGAAAGAAAAUUUGAUUGAAGCAAAGCGCACUUUCAGAACAGUGGAGGAUCGGGACAUAUUGAUCAUCUACCACCAGGAACGCUUCUAUGCUAUGGACUCUUACUGUCAUCAUGCUGGUGGGAUGCUGCAGAACGGGGACAUUGAGGAAAUUGAUGGCAAGCUGUGCAUAAUUUGUCCCAAACACAAGUACAAGAUGUCGCUAGCCGAAGGUGAAGGUUUAUACAGGGGCAAAGACCCCACCCAAGAUCCACCUGUGCACAAAUGGUUCUCAAAAGGAGUGAAGCAGCGAGUCCACACAGUAACAGAAACCAAUGGGGACAUCUACGUGAAGCUCUCUAAGGAGCCAGCAUGGAUCGACUCUGACUACUUCCAAGGAGAGAAAGGAAAAGUGGAAAGGGCCAGAGCUGAGGCUCUUGAGAGGAUGGCAUCUUCCUAAUGGAUGAUGAAAAAUGACACCCCACCUACUCACAAACCUCAGAUUCUAUAUACAGUUGUCACUUAAAAAAAUAUAAUAAUGUUAUGUUAUGAUACAUGAUGUUAGAUGACAUUACCUUUCACACAGCAUGGAUAAUGGCAGAGCUGAGAUUGAGUAGAAAAAAAAGCUCUCCUCCCAUUCCAUGUGGAAGUGGUAAUUUUUUUAUUCCUUUGUCCGUCUUCCCCACUGUGAUACUUCUUCCCCAGUGAACUGCAAUAAUCGAGGGACAAAGUACUCAUUAUAAUCUCAACUGCAGUAAAUUGUGCACACAAGAUCUCAAACUAGCAACACAUUUUGCGGCUUUUUCUGCUCUUACUGGACAUAGUUGGAGACUCUUAAAGGGGAACUGCACUUUUUGGGGAAUUUUGCAACAUUGUUAGAGUUUUUUUUUUACAGGGCUUCAUAGUUGACAUAGGUGUAUCCCAAUGACAGCAUUGUAAGCUAGCUGAAAUUAACUUGUUUUCUUGUGUUAUAAUGCACAGAAAAGUGAAAGAAAUAACAUGUAUUGCUCUUCUCAACGAGCAGCAGGUGCUGCUGUGGAUCCAUCUUGCCGGUGAUAAAAAAACACAAAAAGAAGUGACAUGUCCAUUUCUAAGCAUAUUUGUUGUGCUUUUCAUGUUUUUUUGCUCACUUUUUGUUGACCAAAACAUACACAAAAAUGGCAUGCAUCAUGAACAAUUAUGCAAAUUAGACAAUAACUCCAUUAAAACACCCUCCCGUCCCCACAAAUAGAUUGUAGUGCUGUGGGAAACACUAAAAAUAUACAAUUAUAAAUCAAUUUGCUAUGUGCUUUAUGAAUAAUGUAUAUGGUUAUUUGUGUGAUAAUAAUGUUAAUUUUCAAUGCAAAUGACACACAAUGCUAAUGUUCUGUAUUUGUUAUUAUCCUCCACAAAUGAUGUGAAAUUAUUGUAUUAUUAUAAUUAACUCCACUGUCCAAAGUGUAUGACUG